CACAGGGGGUAACACCAUGGCCAAGAUCCUUCAAAUGGCGGUUAUGUUGGGCAGCUCCAAGCUGGGCCACGGCGCCUUCGGAUUCGAUGAGAGGCAGUCGGACUCUACGCCAGUGCCACAAAUGAAGCGAGAGCUGCCAACCCGAAAGAUGUGCUUGGAGGCAUUUAAGCGCACCCAGUACGACAUCCUUAUAAUUGGAGGCGGUGCCGUGGGUUCUGGUUGUGCGUUGGAUGCCGCCACGCGGGGUUUGAAGACGGCUCUGGUAGAGGCAAAUGACUUUGGGAGCGGCACCUCAUCAAAGUCGAGCAAGUUGCUGCACGGCGGCCUCAGGGAUUUGGAGCAAGCCAUCUCACGCCUGGACGUAGCGGCGUUUCGAAGAGUUCGGUGUUCCUUGAGGGAGCGCAGUCACAUUGGCAAUCUGGCGCCCCAUCUUAGCCAGCCGGUUCCCAUCUUAUUGCCUGUCCACCACUGGUGGGAGGCUCCCCUGUACUACCUGAAGUUAACGAUUUAUCACCUGAUGGCCCCACAAGGCACAAAGAGCUUCCAAUACUUAAGUGCUGAUGAAGCGUUAGAAGUGUUCCCCAUGCUGCGGCGUCCGGAGCUUUUUGGUGCUUUUGUUUUUUACGAGGGCCAGCACGACGACGCCAGGAUGUGCCUUUCGGUAGCCCUCACAGCGGCUCGUUACGGAGCGGAUAUCUGCAACCACAUGAAGGUCUUGAGGUUAAUCAAGAACAAGGACGGCAAUGUAGGGGGCGCAGAAGCGGUGGACCAGCUGACGGGCAAAAAGUAUAGCAUCCGGGCUAAGGUUGUAGUCAAUGCCACGGGACAUAUGAGCGACAACCUCCGACAGAUGGAAGAUUCGGAGGCCAAACCGCUCUGCACGCGCAGCUGGUCCUCGAUCAUGGUUAUGCCUCGCUUCUACUGCCCAGAGGAAGUAGGCGUUUUCGACCCGCACACGCCUAACGGGCGUUCUAUCUUCUUUCUGCCGUGGCAGGGACACACUCUGGUCGGAUCCAGCGAUGAGCCUAGCAAUCUGCCAGAUCAAGACUUGCAGCCCACGGAGACGGAUGUCGAGUAUCUCUUAGAUGACGUAAAGCACUUUGUGUCGCCCAAUUUCGAUGUCCGAAGGUGCGAUGUGCUGGCAGUUUGGGGUGGCUUUAAGCCCCUGCCCGUGCAGACCGACUCUCUGCAUCAUACCCUGCUCAAGAACCAUGUAAUCCAACUGGGACCAAGAAACAUGAUUUCGAUUGUGGGCGGCACCUGGUCGUCAUUUCGGGCACUGGCCGAGAAAACUGUAAAUGCAGCAAUUCGAUGUGGGGAUCUGUCACCCCUGCGAAAAGAGUCGGUGACUGCAGAGUCCUGUAAACUGGACGGAGCCAGUGGCUGGAGUCCGAAGAUGUUCAUUAGGCUGGUCCAAGACUUUGGCAUGGAACGGGAUGUGGCCGAGCAUCUGUCGAACACCUACGGAUCGAAUGCUUUCAAGGUGGCAGUCAAUGCGGAUAGCAGUGGUAUGGCCUGGCCGAUUGUUGGCAAGCGACUGCACUCGGAGUUCCCGUACAUCGAGGCGGAGGUGAAGCAAGGCGUUCGCGACUUUGCCUGUACACUGGAAGAUAUGGUGGCUCGACGGCUGCGGGUAGCCUUCCUCAAUGUACAGGUGGCCGAGGAGAUACUGCCGCAGGUGGCCAACAUUAUGGCAAAGGAGCUGAAUUGGACUCGGGAGCAAACAAAAAAGCAGAUCCGCAACACUCGCGCUUUUCUCAACACCCAGAUGGGCCAGUUGACCAAGGAGAACGCCUCGCAGAAGAACAUUCCCAUUAAGAUGUCAGUGGGCCAGGUGCGCAAGUUUGCCGGGCAUUUCAGGCAACUGGAUGGAAACAAAACUGGUUAUGUGUCCAUUGCUGAUUGCUGCAAGGCCAUGAAAACUAUGGGUGUGAAGGAGGUGCCAGUCGAUUUGAUGCACAACGUCCUGCGCGAUAUCGAUGUUCAUGCCCAGGGUAAGGUGAACCUGUACGAGUUCCUGCUGCUCAUGUCGGCUAUUGUGCAGGGAGACACCGAGUACCUGCGCUACGCCCGCUUAUACUUGGACCAUAAGAAACAGAUGCGGGAAAGCGACCAUCAUAUUGUAAUGCAAAUGGAGCGAGCCGGUGGCGGCCUUUAAAGUGUAUCUCUUAUUGUAAUCAUCUCCUAUUUUGAAAUACAAAAUCCGUUAACCGUCCUCACAUUA